GAAGGUACGAGAUUUAGUCGUUUCUUAGCCGCCAUUUUUUGUAAGAAGGUUCUGGCACAGGAACUUGAAAUUCUAUCAAUAUUAAUGAUAAUAUCCAAAAUAUACCCCCUAAACAUUAUUGUAGUAUUCGUAGGUUUUUUGUCCGAAUACUAGUCCACCUGCAUUACUGCAGGGAACCAGUCCCAAGUGACGUCAAUUCCAUAUCCGUUCUUCCUGCUCUCAAACAACCUGCAGCUGUUGUGUUUUUGCUAACAAGAAGAAUCUGUGCCAUCACCCGAAGUGAGCGACUGUUGCAGUUUGCCUGCGGUUGAUAAUAUUAUAUAUCAUCUUAGUUAGUCUACCAAAUAUUUUAUACAAAAUGUCGAUUCCAUACGAGUUUGUUGACUUGAACGAGAAUAGAAUGAAUAUUUCUGGCCAUGUUAUCCAGCCAAGUGAUGUUCAGCCUCAAACCGCCCAUUCAAGUACAAAUGAAGUAUCUCUUACUUCACAAAAACAGAAUCCACAAGGGAAGCAACCUGUUCCAAAAGGAUUUACAACUCAUCCGACAUUGGACAACUUAAAUCAGCUUCCCAAUCCAAAAUUACAUGAUGAAAAAUCAAAAAGUCAAGUACCAGCAACCACAACUGAUCAGGCAAGGAAAACAUUCACAGAAGGUCCGUCAGUACUACUGACUGACGAGGCAAAUGCAGAGGAAUUUGGUGUGGAUUUGAAAAAGAACACCAGUCAAGAAACGUUUGACGUCCCAAGCAACAGAUACACACCAGGGAUGGUGAAAUCUACAGGAGAUCGUGCACUUGUAGAUAUGGUGAAUGAUUUACCAAAUCUUAUUGAAGAAACAGGGUGUAUUGUUGAUAAGACAUGUGUCCCCGGGCCAGAUUGCUAUGAAGAGAAUGUACACUUUGUGAGGAGAAAAUGUCUUGGUCGAGGUUCUUUUGGUGAAGUCAGUCUUUGUGAGGAUAAGAUAACACAAAAACUGUUUGUCAUAAAACAGGUGUCAAAGAAUAAGUUAAGAUCAAGUGAAAUAAUUGUACCAUCUAAACUGAAGCAUCUUAACUUGACCGGGUUGUAUGGUCUUAUACAGCGUGCCGGUAAAGACAAGGGAAAUCCAACCAUGGAGUUGCUGCUUGAGUAUUGCGGGCUUUCUAUAAAAGAGUAUUAUAAACAGAAUAGAGUUCUCACCGAUGCACAAAAAUGGGAAGUUUCAAAGCAAGGAUGUGCGGGCUUAGAUCACAUGAGCAGUAACAACAUAGUGCACCUGGACAUCAAACCGGAAAAUAUUUGUAUUGACGUGUGGGCUGAUGGAUCUGUUGUAGUAAAACUGACGGACUUUGGCUCAUCAAGAAGACUCUUAGAAGAGCCACUAAAAUUUGUUGGGUUGACCCCUGGAUAUUUGGCGCCUGAAGUUUGCAAGAUGUUGCUGCAACGCCAGUCAGUUCGAAAGUUGGAUAUAACAGGAAAAGUUGAUACUUUUGCCUUCGGACUCGUGAUAAUGUUCUUAUAUAAAGGGUACCAUAUCCUUGUCAAGUUCAUUGACAAUGGGAAACAAUCGUUAAGUCAGAUGCAAAUGAAACUGAUCAAACUGAUGGCUGACAGUCGUACAGAGUUUGUCCAUGACCUGAUACCAGACGAGUGUGACUUUAAAAUGAGAUUUCUUCUGAGGGAGCUGACUCUACUCAACCAUCAUGAUCGGUUCAGUGCACAACAAGCUCUAGGCUACAUUGAAGAAAUAGCUAAAGAUAGUAUGGAGAGCGAGAACGACCCAGUAGAGAAAAGAACAAAGAGUGCUCCUGGUAUGGAACUGAGUCCUUUCAAAAAGUGUUUACCA